AGGAUACAUAUGCAGAUAAAUCAAGACCCGGCCUUACAUAUUCCCCAAACCUCCUCUGAAAACUCCACUUGCAUGCUAGCAGGGGCUGUCAGGAGCUCAGAUCAUCCACCAACUUCCUUUGGCCCCUCUCCUCUCCUUCUCUCUCUCUCUCACACACACACACACACACUCCUUUCCUGCUCCAGAUUUGUGGCAUUGACCACUCAUCAGUAAGGACUCUCCCAGAGGAGAGGCCAGCCAGAGCAUCUGCCCUCCCUUGGCCAUUUUGCCAUUGGCAGCUUCGGCUUGGGCUUUUCUGCAAGCGAGGUGUGGGUGGUGGCGCUGCCAUCCCCAUCAUUGCAGCCUUUUUACUACUCCUACAUCUCUUCUUUCCCAUGUUGAUGCUUUAAAGCUGUUGGGGAAUAGCAGCAGAAAGAAGGAUGGGCUCUGUCCUUGAGGUCGAUGUGGAUGGUGAAGCCGUCUUCUUCCUUGAUAAGGUGGGUGGCCGCCUCUACUUCUUCCUCCUCCCCCAAUUUCGCGCGUCUUACUUGUUCUUCCUCCAAGGACGUUCUUGCACCGUUCAGCAGCAGGAUCAAGAAUCUGUUCGAGGACGAGCUGGUCGGAGCUGCGGCGUCGCCUCGUCGUAGACUAGUGUUGCACGGCUUCCCCGGCGGCGCCGAGGCGUUCGAGCUCGUCGCGAGGUUCUGCUACGGCGGCGGCGGCGGAGUGACGGUGACCGCGGCCAACGCCUGCGCGGUGCGGUGCGCGGCACAGUACAUGGAGAUGGCGGACGCGCCCGCGGCCACCGCCCCGAGUUUGGCCAAGGUGGCGGAUAAGGCGCUGGAGGAUAUGCCGCACUGGCCGUGGCAUUGCGUGGUGGACGCCGUGAAGCAGUGCCAGAGCCUCUUCCCGCUUGCCGAAUCCACCGGGGUGUUCGACAAGGUCGUCGGCGCGCUGCUGGCUCAGAUGGCCAUCCCUGCCCCAGGUGACGCCACCCCGACGAGCUCCUCGCCGGAGAGCUCGGCGUUCCGCUUCUCCUGCGAUACCAAGUGCAGCAGCCUCAGCCUGCGCCGCACCUGGUGGUUCGAGGACCUCGUCGUCCUCAGCCCCGGCAUGGUGGAGCGCGUCGCCAAGGCGCUCCUGGCCAGGGGCGCUGACCACGGCAUCGUCGCCCGGUUCCUCUUCUACUACCUCAAGUGCCGCAUCGCCGGCGCCAACGCCGAGGACAAGAAGGCGAUGCUGGAGGCAGCGAUCACCGUCAUUGCCGACCUCGACCGGAGUUCCGUUUCUUGCAAGGGCCUGUUCGGCAUCCUGAGGAUCGCCUCCCCUGUCAAGCUGGCCGCCGGUUGCCAGGAAAUGCUCGUGGCCAUGAUAGGCCGCAAGCUCGACCACGCGACGCUCGACAACCUGCUGGUCCAAGCGCCGUCCGGCACGGGCAGCUUGUACGACGUGAGCCUGGUGCUCAGGUUCCUGGAGGCGUUCCUGCGGCACGGCGACGAGCCGGGGAGGCUGAAGAAGGUGGGCGAGCUCAUGGACUUGUACCUGGCCGAGGUCGCGCCGGACCCGUCGCUGCGGCCGGCCAGGUUCGUCGAGCUUGCCACCGCGCUGCCGGCGGCCGCGAGGGACUGCCACGACGCGCUGUACCGCGCCAUCGACGUCUACUUCCAGGUCCACGGUCGACUGACGGACGACGAGAAGAUGAAGAUCUGCAAGGGCAUCAACUACGAGAAGCUGUCGCCGGAGUGCUGCAAGCACCUGGCAACCAACUCCGGCUUCCCGACGAGGGCGGCGGUGCAGGCGCUGGCGUCCCAGCACACGGUGCUCAAGGGCAUCAUCCGCCACUCCGGCCCGCUGAAACCGGCGUCGCCCCCGCCUCCUCCGGCCGCCCACCGCGAGAGCUACGACGACGCCGGCGGCGACAACAACGGGCAGGUGGUCCUGUACGCGAGCAGGCUGGAGCUGACGCUGGAGAACCAGAACCUCAAGUCGCUCCUGGACAGCAUGCACUGGCGGGUGAUGGAGCUGGAGAAGGUGUGCAGCCGGAUGAAGACGCAGAUGACCAAGAUGAAGGCCUCCCGGCGAGGAGCAGGAGGCGGCGCCGCCGCGGCGAGAUCACUCCCCAGGAUGUGUUCUUGAUCGCCCCAUUUCACUCUGCACAGUAGUGAAUGUACAUACUGCUAGGAGCAGCUGCAGCGUCCUGUUUUCUGUUCUUUUUUGCUUCACUUUUGUCAAUUUUUAUCUGUGUAUCGAUUCCUGGAGAUUGAUCUAAUCUGAUGUGGGCGGAGCUUGGCGAAUC